CGCCGUCGUCGUCCCUGUCGGCCGUUCAGUGUGCGCGCAGCAUCCGCGACCCGGCGAACGGCUGACACGUCUCUCGGACUCGGACCCGGCACGACGGCCGCCAUAUUGAUUGGGCGCAUCGUAACACGCCUCGCGCGCGCGGAAUGUCGUCGACCGCCGCCGCAAGCGUCAGCGACCACGACAACGACUCGGUCGGCGGCGACCGCGACACCGAGAUCGGCGGCCGUCGCAACCAUCGGCAACGCCGUCGUCGCCGGUGCCGCUUGCCCUUGUCCCUGCCGCUGAUCCUGCUGUCGUCCGCGGUCGGGUCCCUGUGCAACCCGGACGCCAAGCGUUUGUACGACGACCUGCUCAGCAACUACAACCGACUGAUCCGGCCCGUCAGCAACAACACCGACACCGUGCUGGUCAAGCUCGGUCUCAGGCUGUCUCAGCUCAUCGAAUUGAAUCUCAAGGAUCAAAUUUUAACGACAAACGUUUGGUUGGAACAUGAAUGGGAAGAUCACAAAUUCCAGUGGGAGCCACUGGAGUAUGGUGGUGUCCAGGAACUAUAUGUACCGUCGGAACAUAUUUGGCUACCAGACAUCGUCCUCUAUAACAACGCUGACGGAGAGUACGUGGUCACCACGAUGACAAAAGCUGUGCUCCAUUAUUCCGGUAAAGUAAUGUGGACACCACCAGCUAUCUUCAAAUCAUCAUGUGAAAUCGACGUUCGUUAUUUUCCAUUUGAUCAGCAAACAUGUUUUAUGAAAUUUGGUUCAUGGUCGUAUGACGGGAAUCAGAUAAACCUCAAGCACAUCGGCCAGAUGGUCGGGACCAACAAAGUGGACGUGGGCAUCGACCUAUCGGCGUACUACCCCAGCGUGGAAUGGGACAUACUCGGCGUGCCGGCCGAGCGACACGAAAAGUAUUAUUCGUGCUGCGUCGAGCCAUACAUCGACAUAUUCUUCAACAUCACGUUGCGCCGGCGGACGCUGUUUUACACGGUGAACCUGAUCGUGCCGUGCGUGGGCAUAUCCUACUUGUCGGUGCUCGUGUUCUACCUGCCGGCCGACUCCAAGGAGAAGAUCUCGCUGUGCAUCACCAUACUGCUGUCCCAGACCAUGUUCUUCCUGCUCAUAUCCGAGAUCAUACCGUCCACGUCGCUGUCGCUGCCGCUGCUCGGCAAGUAUUUGCUGUUCACCAUGUUGCUGGUCGCGCUCUGCGUGGUCGUCACCAUAAUCAUCAUUAACAUACAUUACCGGCAACCGAGCACGCACAAGAUACCGUCAUGGAUGCGGACAGUGUUCAUUAGAGCGCUGCCGAAAAUGCUGCUGAUGAGGGUGCCGGAACAGCUGUUGGCAGACUCGGCGCUGAAACAGAAACAGAUGAAGACGUGUAAAAAAUUAAACCUUAACUUGGCCAGGCUGAACGCGGCUAGCGUGGGCGCGACGUUGAACGUGCCACCAGCGCCAGUCGCGUCGCCUCCGGCCGGUCGCCAUUCGCCCACCGACUCACUGCGCCGGAUCGUGGCUGCCACCGGCCGAACAGGGUGCAACGGGACAGCGGCCGCGGGUGCGGCCAGCCGAAUGGUAAACGCGGCAGUGUCGUCCAUCGAUGACGCGCUUAACGAGGUGCCGGCUGCGGUCAGGAAAAAGUAUCCGUUCGAGCUGGAAAAAGCCAUACACAACGUUAAGUUCAUACAGCAUCACUUGCAGCGUCAGGACGAGUACAACACGGAAGAUCAAGACUGGGGCUUCGUGGCUAUGGUACUGGACAGACUAUUUCUAUGGAUAUUCACGGUUGCUUCCAUCAUGGGUACUAUUUUGAUUCUGUGCGAGGCUCCGGCACUUUAUGACGACACAAAGCCAAUCGAUCGGGACCUGUCGUUCAUUGCUAGAAAACAGUUUUUCCCGUCAUCCGAUUAUGACUAAACAGCGUGUAUUUAGAUUAGGUUUUUUUUUAGGUAAAAUCAUGCUAUUAAUAAAAUAAAACAUAACAAAUCAUCGUUAAAUAAUUUAUUAUU